AUGGAUCCAAGGUCUUAAAAUAAUUCUGACAAUUAAAUUCACGGUGAUGACAACGAUGAUUAACGUUCAGGAGACGAUGCAGACAAGUUAAAUAAUUUCAAGCACAAUAUUAAUGAUGGUGGUGAAGUGAUCCACGAAAAUGUCAAAAGAAUUGACAUGAAAAAAACCUUGAAUGACACUACCUUCAUAUUGACUUGCUUAAAAAAUCAUUUUGUUUUUUAUAAUCUAAGUGAAGCAGAACUUGAAAAUAUCGUAAACAAGAUGUUCUAUUGUGAAGCUGCUGCAUAAACCUAUAUCUUCAAAUAAUAAGAUCAUGCAACAUGCUUUUUUAUAUUAUAGAGAGGAAGUUUAGAAGUUAUAGUUAAUGAAAAGGCCAAAAGAGAAUUAAAAACAGGAGAUGGAUUUGGAGAGUUAGCUCUGUUAUAUAAUGCUCCUCGUUCCGCAUCAGUAAAAUGCUUCGAGAAUUGUAAUCUAUGGGGAAUCGAUAGAAAUACAUUCAGAAGGGCUGUUGAAGAGAUGAUUACAAAGGAAUACGAGGAAAACAGAAAGUUUAUGGAAGUAGUUAGAUUUUUUCAUAAUUUAACAAAUGAGUAGAAGGAUGCAAUUGCUGCAGUUUUAAUUGUUCAGAAAUUUUAUAAAAAUUAAAUCAUUGUAAAUGAAGGUGAUCCUGGAUCCUCAUUUUAUAUUAUCAAAGAAGGAACUGUCUCUGUUCUAAAAGGAAACAAAGAAGUUAGAAAACUCUACAAGGGAGACUCCUUUGGUGAAUAGGCUCUGUAUUAUAAUACUGUGAGACAGAUGACAGUCAGAGCAGAGGAUGACGUUAAAUGUUUGGCAUUAGGAAGAGACUCUUUAACUAAAAUUUUGGGAGAUUAGGUUCAUGUAGUUACAUUUAGAAAUUUGUAAAAAUGGGCCUUCGAGAAGAAUGCCUUAUUAAGCAAAUUAACCAAAGCAUAAAUCGACAAAGUGUUGGAUGUGAUGAAAAUAUCCUCAUGCAAGGCUGGUGAUGUGAUUCUCAAAAAGGGAACAUAAGCCAAUCAAAAGAUUAUUGUUAUUAUUGAAGGUAGUUUGAAAAAGAGUAAAUCUGGAAUUACAGUUGCAACCAAAGCUUAAGCUUGGGGAGAAGAGUACUUCUUAUAAACCAAUAAGGCUAAGAUUUUAGAUGAUGAUAUAGUUAUGGAAACUGAUGGAGUAAUUGCAGAAAUUACUGCCGACAAUUUUAUAGAUUGUAUCUAAGGUGAAUUAGAAGAAGUCAUUAAGAAGAACGAGAAAAUACUUGAAAAAAAAUUACAAAAAUCAGAUCAAACUAAAAAGAAAGAGGCUUAGAAUAUCAAAAAAUCAGAGUUAAUUCAUAUUAAAACAAUUGCCUAUGGUCAAUUUGGUCCAGUCUACUUAGUUAAAGCUAAAUACAAUUAACAAUUAUAUGUCUUAAAAGCAUUUAACAAAAAUCAAAUUAAUGAAUAAACUCUUGAAAAAUAUUUACAAUAAGAAAAGCAAGUUUUAGAAAUUGUCAAUUUCCCAUUCAUCAUCUCGUUUAUGAAAACAUUUAAAGAUACAUUGGAUGUGUACUUCCUCCUUGAGUAUGUUAGAGGAAUGGAAUUAUUUGAUGUGAUUAGAGAUAUCGGUCUCCUAUCAACAUACGAUUCUCAAUUUUAUGUUGCUUCCAUGAUUCUAAUUACAGAAUAUCUGCAUCAUUAAAACAUCAUAUAUAGAGAUAUCAAACCCGAAAAUUUCAUGGUUGAUGACAAGGGAUUCUUAAAAUUAAUAGAUCUUGGAACUGCAAAAAUCAUUAAAGGAAAAUAAGGAAUUAUUCGUACAUAUACAAUUAUAGGAACUCCCCAUUAUAUGGCACCAGAAAUCAUUUGUGGUAAAGGAUAUAAUUGUUUGGUUGAUUUAUGGUCUAUUGGUAUAUGUCUUUAUGAAUUCAUGUGUGGUAUGGUGCCUUUUGGAGAAGAAGCAGAAGAUCCCUAUGAAAUAUAUGAAGAAAUCAUCAAGAAGGAUAUUACCUAUCCUAAUUAUCUGAAGGAUAAGAAGGCCAAGAAGCUUAUGGAUCAAUUGCUAUCCAGAGUUCCUGAAGUUAGAUUAGGUGGUUCAUAUGCAAGUUUGAAAGGAAAUCCUUGGUUUGAAAAUUUUGAUUGGGAAAAACUAUUGGAAAAAGAGAUUAAAACACCUUAUUUGCCACCAGCUGACAAAUUACUACCAGAAAUCGAAAUAAAAUCCCUUGAAUAAAAUAGUAGAAUGAUUGAAGAUGAAAUAAAAUAAGAGCAAUCUGUCAGGUAAAUCGAUGGUAAUAAUUAAGGAGAUCAAGGAUGGGAAAAAGAUUUUUGA